AUAACCGGUUCAGUAAGGUAUUGACAGGAAUUGUAAAACGCUUUUUGGAGGAGCCGUCAAAUUGAUUUCGCCGAUUUGCUCAUCUCUGACUCUCAGUUGCUUUGCUCCUUCUCAUGGAGAAUCCGGCGGAGAAACCCGACCCGAAUCCAUCAAAACCCAAAAUCGAAUCUGAAGAUGAAAGAGAAGAACUAGGAGAUAUUAACGGCGACGAAGAAGAAGAGGAAGAGUAUGAGGAAGAAGACGAUGGGAAACCUCGAACGCGAGAGGAUGCAAUCGCGGAUAGGAUCAAAGCUGAGUCUCUGUUCCGUCGUAUGCGAGCAACUCCGGUCGCUGUGCGUGUUCACGACGUGAUCGUCAAGGGAAACGAGAAGACUAAGGAUCAUGUCAUCGAGGCUGAGGUGGAUGUUGUGAGGCAAGCCACUACGUUGCAGGAGCUUCUCAAAGCCUCUAAGGUUGCCAAUUUCAAUCUACAAGCGCUUGAUAUCUUCGAUUCAGUCAAAAUUACGCUUGAUUCUGGUCCUCCUGAGCUUCCUGGUACCACCAAUGUUGUUAUCGAUGUUGUUGAGAGCAAAAGCCCUAUCACCGGUCAAAUCGGAACCUUCACUAAAGCAGAGGCUCGGUCAUCAAGCCUUGAAGGCUCUUUGAAGUACAAGAACAUAUUUGGGUAUGGAGAUAUCUGGGACGGGUCUCUUGCUUAUGGCUGUGAUCACUCUGCAGAGGUCGGCUUGGGGAUGUAUUUGCCAAGGUUCAGAGGGCGUCCUACUCCAUUUACGUCGCGGGUUUACCUUUCUACCCAAGAUUGGCUUAAGUUUUCGUCUUAUAAAGAACGAGCUCUUGGUCUUUCCCUCGGGCUUAUCGCUAGCAAGUAUCAUGAGCUGGCCUAUAAUAUUGCAUGGCGUAACCUGAUAGACCCAUCGCAAAUGGCAUCAAGAUCAAUAAGGAGACAGCUGGGUCAUAAUUUGGUUUCUGCUCUGAAGUACACUUUCAAAUUUGACCAGAGAAACUCAUCUUUGAGGCCAACACGAGGUUACUCUUUCAUCUCGACUUCUCAAAUAGGUGGUCUUGCACCUGAUAGUCGAACUCUCCGCUUUUUGCGCCAGGAAAUCGACCUUCGAUAUGCUGUUCCACUCGGGUUUUAUCGUGCUGCUCUGAACUUUGGUAUAGCUGGGGGAAUCACAUUUCCAUGGGGAAGCGGAUACAAGAGCAGAGCUUCUUGUGUACCUGAGAGGUUCUUCUUAGGUGGAAACAUAUCGCCUGUGUGUUCUUUGGGAGGACCAUCUGCAUUAUGGGGAUUCAAGACUAGGGGAUUGGGUCCUAACGAACCAAGGAGGGAAGUACAGGACGAUGAGAGUGGUGACACAUAUGAACGGGAUUUUGUGGGAGGAGAUGUUGCGGUUACUGCAUUUGCAGACCUUUCUUUUGAUUUCCCAUUGAAAUGGUUCAGAGACAGAGGAAUCCACGGACAUGUGUUUGCAUGUGCCGGGAAUAUGGCGGAAUUAUCAGAGAACAAGUAUAGGAACUUCACAGCUCCAAAGUUGUUGGAGACAUUCAGAAGCUCAGUUGGUGCAGGAAUCGUGGUACCAACUAGUCUAUUUCGCAUGGAGCUCAACUACUGCCACAUACUGAAGAAACAAGAACACGAUCGAGCAAAAUCUGGAUUUUUCAUGACAUUUUCAACAUCAUCUUAAUGCUACUUUUGAUGAUAUCUUAAUUUUGGCUUUGCACUCACAGUGUCAUGGCGGAGUCUUUUGUUUUGUUUCCAGGAGCUUUCAUUGUUUAGGUUGUUGUUUGGAAUUGAAAACUGUGCAAAUUUUAGAGAGAGAGAUUACCUGAUGUGCGGAUUGUUCUUGGGAAGGAGAUAGAUCAAGAAAUAAAAAUUAACUAAAGUUGAUUUGUUUUGAAUUAAAUUUUAAAUUAGUAAUAAACUUUUUGUUUUCCUUCCUUUUCAAUGAAGAUAAAGAUGACACGGUAGAAUAAAUUUUUGUUUCCUUUUUCAUGAA